AUGGCAAACAGGAGGCGUAGAAACACUGCCGGAGCUGAUGAGAUUGCUAACGCAAUCCACAGGAUGGUGGAUGCUAUGCAGCCCGUGGCAGCGCCCCCGCGGGCUAUGAUUCCACCUGUCAGACCAGUGACCAUGGAGGACUUCAUGCGUCACAAACCGGCUAAGUUCACUGGGAAAGCCACCCCAGAUGAGGCUAACGCAUGGCUUCGUGAAUGUGAGAAGAUAUUUCGGGUGAUAGAGUACACAGAGGCACAGAAGUUGAAUUUUUCCACCUUCUUACUAGUGACUGAAGCUGAAUACUGGUGGAUGAGUAUGCAGCAGCAGAUGAUAAAUAGAGCUGAGGAUGUGAAUUGGGUUAACUUCAGGACGAGGUUCCUGGAGAAAUAUUUUCUUGACAGCGCUAAACAUGAGCGCGAGGCCGAGUUUCUCACCCUGCAGCAGGGAAACUUGUCCGUGCAGGACUAUGUGGAGAGGUUUGAGUACCUCUCGAGAUUCUACUCCCAGACGGUGACGGAAGAGUGGCGCUGUAGAAAGUUUGAGGGCGGCCUCAAGCAUGAACUGAGGCGUUUCAUAGUGCCACUGAGGGUGCGAGAGUUCCCUAUCUUGGUGGAGCAGGCCAAGAGUGUGGAGCAGCUGAAGAAGGGGCCCAGCCUGGUUAACCGUACACAGAGAAAUAAUGCUGAGGGCAGAUUCCAGAAGAAGCCCUACAGUAGACCCGCCGCGUCUUCAUGGAAACCCAGGUGCUAUAACUGCAGGGGUGAACAUCUGCAGCGAAAUUGCACUAGACCCGCCCGCAGCGGAGGCAGUGGCAUGAGCACUCGUAAGUGCUAUGCCUGUGAUCAGCCAGGACACUUUGCCGAUAGUGUCCUAAUAGGAAGACUGCACCAACAUCACGACCUCAGCCAUCCUCUUCAGACAGGCCGAGAGCCGCAGGCCGAGUUUUCGCCAUUACCAGCACAGAGGCCACCCGGUCAGAGGUUGGGGUUGUCCACUCGUGACCUCGGAUGCGAGUUGAUAGUCUCGACACCCGCAUCUGGACAGGUUUCAACAAACAUAGCCUGUGUUGGAUGCUUGAUGGAAGUGGAGGGCAGACGCUUCAAGGUGAAUCUAGUCUGUUUGCCCUUGGAGGGGUUAGAGGUCAUACUGGGAAUGGACUGGCUGUCUAUCAACCACGUGGUGCUUGAUUGUGGACGGCGCAGAAUUGUAUUAGCAGAAACAGAGGGGAUAGAGUUGGUGACAUCUGGAGAGGCAGUGAAAGAGAUGGAGAAUGGGUCGACUUGUUUUGUGAUAGUGGCCCAAGAGAAGAAGGUGAGUACAGAAGAGCAGAUCAGUAAGAUACCGGUGGUGAAUGAGUAUGCCGACGUAUUUCCAAACGAGAUACCCGAGUUACCACCCAGCCGGGAUAUAGAUUUCUCAAUUGAUCUAAUCCCUGGAGCGGGUCCAUUGACGAUAAAGAACAAGUACCCACUGCCUAGAAUCGAUGAUUUGCUUGAUCAGCUCAGAGGGGCAGGAGUAUUCUCCAAGAUUGACUUGAGGUCUGGCUAUCAUCAGAUCUUAGUCAAGCCAGAGGAUGUCCAGAAGACAGCCUUUAGAUCGAGAUAUGGACAUUACGAGUAUGUCGUGAUGCCUUUUGGAGUGACGAACGCCCCAGCUGUCUUCAUGGAUUAUAUGAACCGCAUCUUUAGACCGUAUCUGGACAAAUUCGUGGUGGUGUUUAUAGAUGACAUACUCAUCUACUCACGGACUAAAGAGGACCCAUUAACUCAGCUCACUAGGAAGGAUCAACCCUUCUCAUGGACUGAUAAAUGUGACGAAUGCUUUGAAGAGAUGAAAAGGAGGUUGACUACCGCUCCGAUUCUGAUUAUUCCAGAUACCAGCAAGAUGUUUGAGGUAUACUGCGAUGCAUCCUACCAGGGUUUGGGUUGUGUACUAAUGCAGGAGAAGAGGCCGGUAGCUUAUGCCUCUAGACAGUUGAAGGUGCACGAGAAAAACUACCCUACCCACGAUCUAGAGUUGGCUGCUGUAGUCCUGAAAUACCUAUUCGAUCAGAAGGAGCUAAAUAUGAGACAGCGGCGUUGGAUGGAAUAUCUCAAGGAUUACGAUUUCGAGUUGCUUUACCACCCUGGUAAAGCUAAUGUGGUUGCGGAUGCCUUGAGUCGGAAACAGAUGCACAUCUCAGCUAUGAUGGUGAAGGAGUUAGAGUUAAUUGAGAAGCUCCGGGAUAUGAAUCUGGGUAUGCAGUUGAGUGAGGAUUGCAUCAAAUGUGGAAUGCUCACACUGACUAGUGAUGUACUGGGAGUUAUCAGGGAUCGACAGAAGGAUGAUGCUGAGCUACAGCAAUUUGUAAGUUGGAUAGGGACUGAGAAGGGGAAAGACUACCGGAUUGGGACAGAUGGUAUUCUGAGAUUCAGAGAUCGAAUCUGUGUGCCUGGAGAUUGGAGGUUGAGGAAACAGAUUCUAGAGGAGGGCCAUAAAAGCCGUCUUAGCAUACAUCCAGGUAUGACUAAGAUGUAUCACGACCUGAAACAGUCCUUCUGGUGGAACGGGAUGAAGACCGACAUUGCUGACUUCGUGGCAUCAUGUUUGGUAUGCCAGAAGGCCAAGAUUGAGCACCAGCGACCAGGGGGUACACUUGAGUCAUUGGACAUCCCUCAGUGGAAAUGGGAUAGUAUUGCCAUGGACUUCGUCACUCACUUGCCGAAGUCUGUGAAGGGGCACGACUCAAUCUGGGUAAUAGUAGACAGAUUGACAAAGUGUGCUCACUUCCUCGCUAUUAAUCAGAAGUGGUCAAUGGACAGAUUGGCGGAGUUGUAUGUGAGAGAAGUGGUCAGAUUGCAUGGGGUGCCGGCCAGCAUAGUGUCAGAUAGAGACCCGAGAUUCACAUCUCGUUUCUGGCAGUCAUUACAGGCAGCGUUGGGGACUCAGUUGAGGAUGAGUUCUGCCUACCAUCCUCAAACUGAUGGUCAGUCGGAACGUACCAUUCAGUCUUUGGAGGAUCUGUUGAGGGCUUGCGUAUUAGAUCAUAUGGGUAGUUGGAGUGAAAUGCUUCCCUUAGUGGAGUUCACAUACAACAACAGCUAUCACACCAGCAUCGGUAUGGCUCCAUACGAGGCGUUGUAUGGGCGGCGGUGUAGGACGCCACUGUGUUGGAACCAGGAUGGGGAAUCGUUGGUGUUGGGUCCUGAGUUUUUACAGCAAACCUCUGAGAAGGUUAGGGCGAUCCAGGAGAGGAUGAAGGCUACACAGAGCAGACAAAAGUCUUAUGCAGACAAGAGGAGACGACCUCUAGAGUUUGAGGCUGGAGAUCAUGUGUUCCUCAGGGUGACACCAACGGCUGGUAUUGGGAGGGCCAUCAAAUCGAGGAAGUUAACUCCGAGGUUUGUUGGGCCUUAUCAGAUUCUGAGGAGAAUUGGGGUUGCAGCGUAUGAGAUCGCCUUACCACCACACCUGACGAAUCUGCAUAACGUGUUUCAUGUUUCCCAGCUAAGAAAAUAUGUUGCAGAUCCGUCGCACGUACUAGAGUCGGAUGACAUUCAGAUUCGGGAGGAUUUGACGGUGAGCACUGGGCCAGUGCGAAUUCUGGAUUCACAGGUAAAACAGCUGCAGGGGAAGGAGAUUAAGACUGUGAAAGUGCUGUGGGAUGAGACUACCCAGGAGAUGACCUGGGAGAUGGAGGAUCGCAUGAAGCAAUCCUAUCCGUACCUAUUCCCUGGUAUGGAAAUUAGGGAGCUGUUUCAGGGCCUGAUGUGCCGCCUGGCGGCGUAA